AUGCUAUCCAUGUUCAGAAAACCUUCUUCCAGCGGGUCCUUCGUCGAUGUGACCGACACCAGCGUCGAAACACCCAUCCCAGACUCCAGUACACCCGCCACGCCCUCAGCUCCACAACCAACCCCUCACCCCGCCCUCACAGACGACGCCACCGGCCCUUCGGAGCCCGACACCAUAAACAACGCCAAGCCCACCAAAGGCAGCCUCUGCUCGAUCCGCACCCUCUACGAGGGCCUCACCAACGAUGACGGCCACUGGGAGUGGCAAGCCGAGUACCCAGCCGACUUGGUACGCAAGGGCCCCGCGCCGGUCAAGAUCCCGCCCAACGGGCUGUACGCCGUGGUGGUGCACCAACGGCGGACGGGUCUGAGGAACGCGCCGCCGCUCCGCGUAGAGUCGGUCACGGUACAGAGCCCACACAUCAAGGCGGUACUUGCGCCGCUGCUGGCCGACCACCCCAACGCGGACCAGCUGCGCAGAGGGAGUCUGAUGCUCACUCCGCCGUUCCGCGAGCUGUACGACGCGUGGCCUGCUUUCGAGGAAGCGGUGCACACGACGGAGGAGAGCACCGAGGCGGCGACGCACCUGCGCCUGCUGUACGAUCUGACCAAGCGCAAGAUCGAGAGGCUGCGCCGCAAGCAGUUGCCGCUUGACCGCUGCCACAAGGUCACGUUCGACACCCUCUUCACCGUCUUUCGCCCCGGCACCGUCGUGUAUCAUAAAGAUGAGGAGCAGUUUGACCGCUUCUACAAGGUGAAGGCCGUCGACUAUGGCGACAUGCCCGGCUGCGGAUUAUUCCGCAGUAACCCGCAGUCGUUCACGUGUUCCAUUACCUGCGCAAGCCUCGAGUUGGACGGAACCAGCCUUGGCUGGGUCGACCGCGUCUUCUGCAUGGACAAGUGGUCUGGCGCGAAGAAGUUGACCGAGCUUACCAUCUUCCCUGCGGAACUGCAUCCCGAAUAUGAAGAUGUCAGGGCGCGGGUCUUGGAGCGCGGUAGGAAGUGGGAGGCACUGAGGGAGAAGCCCACGGUCGUUGAGUAUGAGGGCCUGUCCGUGAAGACGAUUCAGCCAAGUAACUCGCUCUUUGGUGGAGCUGUUCAGAAGGCUCAGAUGGUCAAUGGACGGGUUAUCAUCGACGCAGCUGCCUACGUGACUUAUUCAGGAAUUCUGCCUUUAGGACUUCCUCAGCACGGCAACGGCGAUUACUCAAAGCCCCCUUUGACAAUUAUCGAUCAAGACGAAAAAGAUGAUGAAGAUGGAAAUGAUGGCUCCGUAGAGGCUAACGAUGGCUACGGAUCGGAUUCCGACUCGGAUGACGAGGAGUCACCUGAUGAUGAGCAUGGGGUUGGAACUCAUAAGGAUGACGUCCUCAAGGAGCCAUUGAGUGAUGAGAACUUGCUUCUGGCCUCUCAUGUGGUUUCUGGAUUCUAUCUCAGAUCGAAGACUUGGGUCAAGCUAUACAUUGAUCCCAUCAAAGAGGUUAACUGGAACCAUGCGGCCUUUGAUCGCCUCAUCCUGCCCGGCAACUACAAGCAGCUGAUCCUGGCUUUCGUGGAGAGUCAGGCUCAAAACCGGGACGUCUUCGACGAUAUCAUUGAAGGAAAAGGACAAGGCAUUAUCAUGCUACUGCAUGGAGCUCCCGGUCUUGGCAAGACACUCACAGCAGAAACUGUGUCCGACCGGCUACAGAAGCCUCUGUACUCCGUCCAAGCCGGCGAGCUAGGCUCCAAUGCCACCGACGUCGAGGCCACGCUCCAGCGGAUCCUCGACCUCGCCGCGAAGUGGGACGCGGUGCUCCUUCUCGACGAAGCCGACGUCUUCCUCGAACAGCGCCACCAUUCGGACCUCGAGCGCAGCAAGAUCGUCUCGGUCUUCCUGCGCCUGCUUGAGUACUACCGCGGCAUCCUCUUCCUGACCAGCAACCGCGUCGAAACCUUCGACGAGGCUUUCCGCUCCCGGAUCCACCUCAAGAUCAACUACCCGGACUUGAACGCCGAGGCGAAGAUCGGCAUCUGGAAGAACUUCAUCGAGGCCUCGCGGAAGAAGAAUGGGAGCAAUGUCAGUGAUGCGAAUAUCAGGGAGCUGGCGGAGUACCCACUCAACGGUAGGGAAAUCAAGAAUAUGGUCAAGACGGCGCAGCUGCUGGCGUCGAGGGAGAAGUGGCCUCUGGAGAUGCGCCAUUUCAAGGUUUGCUUGGAUGUCAUGGAGGAUGCCAAGGGAGAGCAGGGAAAGUCUUUGGGAAAGACUGUGGGAAUCUAA